AUGAUCCGAGCGUCAGCUGCAGACUUCGUCACAAAGAACUUGAAGCCCAGGAAGUGGAAGGGUUUGCUCGCAGUGGGGCCUUCCAUGGUGUGCAGCACAGCGCAAUCGGCGACGUCGCCAUGCAGGAACUUGACCACAAGCGCCAGUUCGUCCUGCGUCAGCGUGACUAGCGUGCUCAUGGCGUUCUCCACGAAACCUUGUCGGGUCCCAAUGAGUAGCAGAGUCGGUGGGAUCAAUGUCGCUGCGGUAGGAGAGAAAAUCUCCUGCUUCUCGACCAGCCGAUGCAGCGAGUCGGCCAGUACCAUGCCCAUAGAACCGCCGUCGCGUUCGCGGUACAGCGUGAUGUCAUUUUUGGUGGAUUUUGCCUUCCACCGGCGGUGGCCGACCGCGCCGUUCUCAUCGUAG